UUUUUUUUUUCUCUUUCUCUCUCUUUCUUUCACGCGCAACAUUAUGUCCGAUACUGUCGAUAAAACCGAAAAGAAGGAAGCACCUGCUGCUGUUGAACAUAUCAAUCUUAAAGUUGUUGGUAGUGACUCCAAUGAAGUUUUUUUCAAAAUCAAACGUACUACUCAAUUAAGAAAGUUGAUGGAUGCAUACUGUGAAAGACAAGGUAAACAACCUGGCUCAGUUCGUUUCUUGUAUGACGGUACUCGUGUCUUGCCUCAAGAUACACCCAAUGAUUUGGAUAUGGAAGAUGGUGAUAGUAUUGAUGUGAUGGUUGAACAAAUUGGUGGUUAUUAGAGUAUAAGAAGAGAGAAAGAAAAGAAAAGAAAGGAAGCUUGUUAUGAUUCCUUUUGUUAUACACUGACCCGAAAUAAAAAUUGGCCCAGUUUUUUGUUAUUCGAACUCAGCAACAAAAGUAUCAUGAUCCAAAAGCCCUUUCAUAUGCCAAGAUAAUACUUCAAUACGCUCAGUU